CUUUCUCCACCAGGAAAUGACAGGCGAGAGGCGACGAAGCCUUCUAGCCACGUGAUUCGAAGGAAGGGGCGGGAUUCAUUUGACUGACUUCUCUGGGGCGAAGCGGCGAGGCGAGGAAGUGAGAUUCUCUUGAGGAAACUAUAGGAUUCUUAGCUAAGCCGUCCCGGGGAGUGGCAGGUGAUUUCAGAGGUAAUUUGCAGUUAAUUUCACAUGUCAUCCGAAAGUAUGAUAGUUACCGUUCGUCUUAUUCGCUCUUUUGAACAUCGUAAUUUCAGGCCCGUUUUGUACCGCAAUGUUAACCUGGACCAGACUGUAAAAGAAUUUAUUGCGUUUGUGAAGAAGGAUAUCACAUCGAGGACAGAACUUUUGCCGCCUUUCAGAAAAUAUACUUAUGACACAAUGAAGAUUAUCCAUCAAGCGCAUGGCUCUAAGACCAAUGAACUUGUUCUGAGUUUAGAGGAUGAUGACAAACUCAUCUUGGUGGAAGACAGCACCUUGAAAGCAGCUGGAGUAGCGAAUGAAACAGAACUCGCAUUUUUCUGCAUGGAUGAUUACAGAAAAUACAAGACCAAUCCCGUUGCUACCUGGUGAACACCAAGAAAAUUGAGGAGGGGGGAAAAUCUGCACUGUUAAUGAGACAGUUUAUCCUGAAAUCCUAAACAUUUAUGUUAACAAGCAUUGAGACUUUUAUUUACAGCAAUGCAAGACCCAUUGAAGAGUGGGGGGGGGGAACUACAAACAAUGACAUUGCUUUCUGACAAGACUAAUUUCUCUUCCUGAAAUGUGUGAUUUUGUAAAAUAAUAAUAAGCAUACGCUGAUACCUUCUCUGUAUGGCUUGCAAAUAGGAAUUUGUAUGUAGAUUGACAGAGUCAUUUAUGUCAAAAUGAAGAUGUAUCAGCUUCAGAAAAGAACCAUGCAUAAAAAAACAACAACGCCCGGUAAUCUUACCA